GUGAUUACAAAGGCCUUCUUCAACUUCGCCAUCUCGACAGCAAAACAACUGUAACACACUUCCUGCAGUGUCAAUUCAAACAAUGGCAUCUAGGAAACUCUCAAAGGCAGCUUUGUCAUUCCUCACCAAGACACGACCUUCGAAGCCAUCGAUACCCGUCCACCACAACGCUGCGAGAUGCGUUCACCAAAGUACCCGACUUCCAGCAAUGGCAGCUUCGAAUGCGCAUACACGACCGACUUUGCACCCUUUACACCAGCCCUCGACCAUGGUAAAGCCGCCUGCUGUCAGCGGUAGUCGCAGCAUCUUCAUCCAGACAGAGAACACACCAAACCCAGACGCUCUCAAGUUCCUACCAAACCAUCCUAUCCUACCACCAGGACUCUCCUCUCCUUUCAUCGAAUACAUGAAUCCUAGGUCGACUCUUGCACCUCCACAUCCAUCACCGCUUGCUGCACAGCUGAUGAAUAUUGAUGGGGUCACAUCGGUGUUCUAUGGAGCGGAUUUUAUUACGGUUACGAAAGCUGGAGAUGCAAAUUGGGCUCAUGUGAAGCCGGAAAUCUUCAGUCUGAUAACAGAGGCUGUUACAUCGGGGGCACAGAUUGUCAAUGUUACUGAAAGUAGGCCUGGAGAGAGUGGGCAGGAUGGUGGGGAAGAAGACAGUUUAAGGUAUAAUGAGAAUGAUAGUGAGGUGGUUGGAAUGAUUAAGGAGCUAUUGGAGACGAGAAUACGACCGGCAAUCCAGGAGGAUGGUGGAGAUAUUGAGUUCCGUGGAUUUGAGGACGGAAUGGUGAUGUUAAAGUUGAGAGGUGCCUGCAGGACCUGCGAUUCGAGCACUGUUACGUUGAAAAAUGGUAUUGAGGGAAUGUUGAUGCACUAUAUUGAGGAAGUGAAAGGUGUUACUCAGGUCCUGGAUCAGGAAGAGGAGAUCGCGGUCGCGGAGUUUGCAAAAUUCGAAGAGAAAUUACGGAAAACAAAGGGAGCCGAUGCCGCGCCUUCAACUGUUGGAAAGGGAACUAUAGAUACCGUCCCCGGUUGAAGGAAUCUAUUUACGCCAGAUGGAGAAAUAAUAAAUGUCUUCAACGGUACGUUUCGACAUGGUAGCACCCAAACUAGUGCCCGGCGAUGUGGAUGAUGACUGUCUCAAAACAUCCUGUCCAUUUCCCGGGGAAUCAAACCAUCGAACUGAGAGUUCGAAAUCAUUUCAUACGUCUUACCCGAAGGUCUGGACAAUCUAGGGACUGGGCCUCCUCGGCCAGACUAGCCAAAGCGCUAGACUGCAUGUCUCACAAUGGCAUGUGUAUUCUACGAGGAUCGAAAUUGAAU